AUGAUAUCCCCCACUUACCGGAACGAUGUCCAGUCCCUUACAGAGCACGAGGCUGCUUUUCUCAGCCUGAAGGCAUACUUGGCAGCGUACCUGGUGUACUACCCUGGGAAAGGUUACACUGGUGCCAAAUCCAAGUACCCAGACAUUGAAAAGAUAGCAUUGGCCCUCCUAGUAUUGACCUGGAAGCUAAGACACUACUUUCAGGCACAUUCAAUCACUGUUUUCACUAAUCACCCAUUGAGGCAAGUUUUACAGAAGCCAGAGACAUCGGGCAGAUUAAUUAAAUGGGCCAUCGAAUUGGGAGAGUUUGACAUCAAGUACCAACCCUGGACAGCUAUUAAGGGCCAAGCAGAGGCAGAUUUUAUUUCUGAGUUGAUUUCCUCUUAUGAUCCGCCCCCGGGAUCACCUGAACAGCCAACCCCGGACCCACCCCCACCAAGCACUUGGCAACUGUAUGUUGAUGGCGCAUCUAACAAAAAGACAAGUGGCGUCGGUAUCUUGCUAAUCAACCCGGACGAUCAAGUCUACGAGUACACCCUCAAGUUCGCCUUCAAGGCAUCCAACAAUGUUGCAGAAUACGAGGCACUCGUAGCAGGUCUACAAAUCGGCCAGGAACUAGGCGUCGAGCACCUUCAUAUCUUCAGCGAUUCCCAGUUGGUUGUGAACCAGGUCAGCGGUAACUUCGAAGCAAAAGAGUCACACAUGUCUUUUUACCAGGCCCUAGCCAGGGCGCUGGUUCAGAGAUUUGCCUCCUAUGUUAUCACUCAAAUACCCAAGGCAAAAAAUGACAAGGCAGAUGCCCUUGCAAAGAUUGCGGCUACUUCCCCAAGCCCAGCUUACGGGGCUACCAAGGUCGAAAUACUAGAAAAGCCGAGCACCUCUAAAACCGUAUCAGAAAUAUUCACGGUGGACCACACUACCUCCUGGAUGGACCCAAUUUUGAAGUACAUGGUUGACGGCCUAGCCUCGGAUGAUAAGGUAGAGGCCCGGCGACUCCAAUUAAGGUCAGCUCGAUAUACGAUCAUGAAUGGAAAGUUAUACAGGAGAGGUCACUGCUUCCCCAACCUAAAGUGUGUGACACUAGAGGACGAUCACAAAAUAAUGAAGGACAUACACGUUGGUGUAUGCAGUAACCAUGCAGGGGCCCAGUCUCUUGCACACAAGACCCUGAGGGCAGGAUACUUCUGGCCAACCAUGUCGGCCCUAGCCCAAACAAUAUCGAGUUCUUGCCACAAAUGCCAAAUGUAUGCAAACAUCCCAAGGGCACCGCCCAUUGCUCUCUCCAUACUCCUUGCACCUUGGCCAUUUUGCCAAUGGGGCCUGGACCUAAUCAAUAAGCUUCCCACAGCAGUGGGACAAUUCAAAUAUGCCAUUGUAGCCGUUGACUACCAAACAAAAUGGGUAGAAGUAGAACCUCUUGUCGCUAUCACCACGAAGAAAGUGAAAAACUUCAUGUGGAAAAACAUCUACUGCAGGUUCGGGGUCCCUGACACCAUAGUCACUGACAAUGGCACCCAGUUUGACAACGAUGAACUAAGGGCUUACACCGAGAACCUGGGAAUGCUUAGAUAUCGUUGA